GAUGUCGAAAUCAUGCAGGGAGCGUCGGGUGAAAUGCCUGAAGCGGGAGACAGCGCAUACUGCCGGCGUAGAGGGAGCGCUGGGACGGAGCAGGCCACAGUAAUUACCGUCUAUAUAAGUGGAGACUUUGAGCUUAGUGCGUCAGGACGCUGGGAAUCGGACAUGAAUAUAACGGCACCCUGCUGUAUUAGCGCCGAUCUCGCCGCGCAGAAAGACUGCGUGGGAUCCCUGUCUGCGCGUUUUUCACGUUGACAGCUGCGUUGGCUUGAGCGCGUUUGACAAACGUACUUGCUGGGUUGAAAUCUUGGUGUUAGGAUCACGAUCUCAUUUCAGGUUGAUGGUCCUCCAUUCGGAUCUGCAGAUGUCUUGUCCUGUGGCUGGAGGUCAGUUUUCAUAACCUGUGAUCCUAACCCCAUGUGAGGAGGUACUACAGAGGACGCUGGGAAGAGACCUUGGUCUGCUGGAAAUCUUUUAAAAAAAGACUUUGUUGAUGUGACUAACUGCAGUGAAGUCGGGUUUCAUGAGUAUAAAUGUACUGUUUAACCCACCAGUUUUUUCACUGGUCUAGGGAAGAACCUUCAGGCGUUACUGCUCCAAGCACAGGGGAUCACUAGGCCUGGAGCCCCUACACCCAUGUGCUACCUUUUGUCCUUGUUCUAUGGUUCCUCCGUUUGCUCCGGCAGAUGUGUGAAAAAUGUGCACAGAGCUCUCAGGUGUGAACUGAGCUGGUCUGAAGCGGGGUGAGGUACACAACCUGCUCGGGCCUCAUCUCCAAAGAACACCCCCCCCCCCAAUCAAGUCCCGGCAAAGUGAUCAGGGUUUAAACAAGCGGCCUACUUUCAAGCCCGCCCUGACCUGCCGCAGAGCCGAACUGAUAUUUCUGUGUCGGCUUCCUACUCCUCCUUAUCUAACCACACUUGAGGGCUGUGGAGGCACAAAGGGGAGGAUGAUAUGUAUGAGGAAGAAGAAGCCCACCAAGGACGAGGACUUCUCGGCCAUCGCUGUCCCAUCCAUGAGGGGCGAAGGCUACUUGGACUACAGGGUGGACAGCCACCCCUCGCAGGCCCUGCAGAUCAUGGAGGAACUCCGACACCACGGCCUGCUGUGUGAUCUGGUCUUGCACGUCACCUACAAAGGCUCCUGCGUGGACUUCAAGGUCCACAAGGUGGUCCUGGCCUCAUGUAGCCCCUACUUCAAGGCCAUGUUCACCAAUGACUUCAGGGAGUCGCAUGCCUCCGAGGUGACGCUGCCGGACGUCUGCCCCCAGGUGGUGGGCCGGCUGAUCGACUUCGCCUACACGUCGCGCGUGACGGUGGGGAAGGCCUGCGUGCUGCACCUGCUGCUGGCCGCCAUGCGCUACCAGAUGGCGGACGUGGAGCGGGCCUGCUGCGACUUCCUGGCCAAGAACCUGGAGCCCGCCAACGUCAUCGGCAUCGGCCGCUUCUCGGAGGAGAUCGGCUGCAGCGAGCUCCACCUGCUCAGCCGGCAGUACAUCAACACGCAUUUUAACGAGGUGACCAAAGAGGAGGAGUUUUUCAGUCUGUCGCACUGUCAGCUGCUGGAUCUGAUCAGUCAGGACAGCCUGAAGGUGCUCUGUGAGUCUGAAGUCUACAAGGCCUGCAUCGAGUGGGUGCGCUGGGACGUGGAGGGCCGCGCUCAGUAUUUCCAUGCCCUCCUGGACGCCGUGCGCAUCUACGCGCUGCCGCCACGCUUCCUGAAACGCCAGCUGCAGUCGUGCCCCGUGCUUAGCAAGGCCGACUCCUGCCGUGACUUCCUGUCCCGGAUCUUCCAGGAGAUGGCGCUACGUAAGCCGCAGCCGCUGCCCCCGGUGCGCGGGCCCCAGCUGAUCUACGUGGUGGGCGGGUACCGGCAGCAGUCGCUGCCAUCCUUGGAGGCCCUGGACCUCCGCUCCGGCUCCUGGCUGCAGCUGGCCAGCAUGAGCGCGCCCAGUAGCGGCCUGGGGGCCUGCGCGCUCUUUGGCCUGCUCUACGCCGUCGGCGGCCGCAACCUGCCGCAGCAGGAAGGCGCCGAGUUGGGCUCGCUCAGCUGCUACAACCCCAUGACCAAUCAGUGGACGGAGCACAGCCCCAUGCAGACCCCCCGUAACCGCGUGGGUGUAGCGGUCGUCGACGGCAGCAUAUACGCCGUGGGGGGGGCCCACGGCUCCACGCACCACAACACUGUGGAGAAGUACGACCCCGAGACAAACCGCUGGACGUUUGUCGCCCCAAUGUCGGUGGCGCGACUCGGGGCAGGCGUGGCGGGAUGCGGCGACGUGCUGUACGUGGUCGGCGGCUUCGACGGCGAGAACCGCUGGAGGACGGCGGAGCGCUACUACCCAGAGACCAACUUCUGGCAGCCCGUGGCGGCCAUGGCGACCGAGCGCAGUGGUCUUGGGCUGGUGUGCCUAGAUGACCACCUGUUUGCAGUGGGGGGGUACAACGGCAGGAUGCAGCUGCAGUCAGUGGAGCGCUACAGCAUCGCACGGGAUGUGUGGCAACCCGUAGCUCCCAUGAUGCACUGCCGCAGCGCCCAUGGCAUCGCUGUGCACCAGGGCCGGAUCUAUGUGCUGGGUGGUUUCAACCAGGGAGGGUUCCUAUCCAGCGUUGAGUGCUACUGCCCAGAUCGCGAUGAGUGGACAUACGUGACGGACAUGUCCACGGGGCGCAGCGGAAUGGGCGUGGCCGUUACCAUGGAGCCCUGCCCCGGCAACCUACCAGAAGAGGAGGAAGUGGUGGAUGGGUGACCAAACAAAAAAACUCUCAUGCUGUCAGAUUAAGGACUGAACCUCCUGACCAGGGAAAUGACUGAGCCCCUAUGAAACCUCUUUGAUGAACAUCACACUGGUGCUAUGCCUUCAAGCUGCACUUGCUCAUUUCCUGCAGUCUAAAAGUUUAUUUUUGCAGAGUUUUUAAAAACAUAAUAUAUAACCUCAAGGUAGUAAGUUAUUUUUAUUUACAAAAUAUCACCAAGUCAAUAAUAGUUUGUUUUAUGUCCUCAAAACCAUUUGCAGUGAAAAUCCAACUGGUGUGCAGUGGAUACACCUGAACUUUGUGGGUGAUAAUUACUGCAGUUAUGGACACAGCAAGGUUACUAUGUUCAUUUGUAUAUUUACUCUGGCGGGGGGGGGGGAACUGAAGUAAAAAUUUCUCAAAUAAGUCAUGGAAAUUAAUUCAGACUCAAAUGCUGGAUACCUUUUGUAAAGACAGAGGGAAGUGAAAACAGUCUUGGAAAAGCUGCUUUUAGCUGCUUUUAGCUGCUUUUACCCGCAAAGCCUGAUGCUUUUUUAUUCCUCAAACCGACUUUUUUUUUUUUUUAUAUCACCUAUUUAUGAUUUUUCUAUUGCAGGAAUUCACGUUAAGUACUUUGCUCAAGGGAACAACAUCAGAACAACUCCUGGGGUCUUAACUAAACCGCAGGUCUACAGAAUGAGCCCCCCACCCCCCACCCCUGGAUUUUCAGUUCUUUGCCUUAGAAUUUGAAGUGAAAGUCAUUGUUGAAACACAACAACAAAAUGUGUCCUGCAUUUAACCCAUAUGUGACAUAGGAGUGGGCAGCUCUUGCGUAGGAGUUGGGGAACAGCACCCUGCUGGUCAGGGAUUUGGACCAACAACCUUUCGAUCACAAACGCUUAACCAUUAUGGCACCAUUCCACCUUACAGGGCGGACUAUGAUAUUGCGCACUGUGUAAGUACAAUCCAACAAGACAGCUGCUUGCUUUACACGCUGCAGAUCACGCACCCAUGAGCCCGUAACUAUGAGAAAUAACUCCAUUUUGUCAUGCAAUUGCUUAAAUUCUUUAUGAGACUAAAACAUUCAAUAGUGCGCUGAUUACAUUUACAACCAUGUUUUUUGCCAUGGUAUGUGAACACGAGGUGUGUAUUCAGAGCGGUGUGAUGGACUCAGUGUGUAUCAUGUUUUGCUUUGUACCUAUAGAGUUGGGGGUUUGAAUCCUGCCUCUCUUGAGCAGGGAGUUUUCAUUUUCUCCCUGUGCUUAGCAAAUUCCUCCAGUUUCCACCUGAAGGGUAAUUGGUGUCUCUAUAUUGCCUGUACAGUCUGGGUGUGUGAAUAUCUUUGCUUUAGGAAGGACUGGCAUCCUGUCCAGAGUGUACCCCCCCCAGUUCUAGCUUGGAUGGAUAGACAUUUAAUUAUUUUAGCUGCGUGUUUGUUUGCUACCACUAGAUGGUGCUCGAUUGCUAUAAUUUCUUUAGAAGCGAUCUUGCCGAAAUUCAUAAUGAUUAGGUUCAGCUAAUUGAGAUUAUUUCAUUCACCAUUGCAAUGCGUCUUGUUUCAACGGUGAUGGUUAUCAAAACACUGAUAUACUAUUUCAGCACCUUUACAAGGGAUUGUUUUUCAUGCCUGACGACAUCUGAUCCCCUGGUCUAAUUUUGAUAGUGUGCCAAGUUAGUCAUCGUUUUCCUCUGUAGUAACAUUUUUUCCCCCACUUGUACUAAGUUACUCUCAGUAGUUGAUAACUCUCAGCCUCCAUUUUUGAAAUAGGCUUUUGAAAUAGCUUGUGUGUCACUCUCAGGAUGUGGAAUAGCGCUUUGGUGAUGUUAGGCAGUCUGCCCGAGGCACAAGUUAAUCUACCCCCUGGUGAAUCUGGUGGAUCCUCCGGAGAAAUUUCUGGAUAUGGAGCGAUCGGUCACACCUUCCAUGUGACCCUAAGCAAGCAAGCUGAGAAGUCCACCGUCUGGUGCAGCAGAAGGGUGUUCUGUGAUAUUUCUACAAAUCAUUUUUCGGGGGAAUCACCGAAGAGUACAACAUGGAGACGUGCUCCUUAAUAAUCCACUAAUGUCACAGGGGUAUCUUUUCCUAAUUCUUGUACUUGCAAAUAUCCUUGAAAAGAUAUCUAAAUUCUCCUAAAUAAAUGUAUUCAGCUAUAGAA